AUGGAAAGCAUUCAUUCAACCAUUGAAAUUGGGAAGAAUUUGUGUGAUUUAACUGGAAUGUGGGAUGGAUAUCACAAUAACCUUGAUACUAACAUGGAAACUCUCGAAAGGAAGAUAGAGCAAUUGAACAGUCGAAACAAUGACAUAAAUGAAGAAGUGAAUUAUGCACAACAGCGGUCAAGGAAAAAACGAAGGGUUGAAGUUAAACUUUGGCAAGAAGAUGUGCGAAGGAUAACAUAUGAUGUCCGAACUUUGGAAAGACAAGAGCCAGAAGUACAAAGAUUAAAGAAUGCCUUCAAACGCACAGAGUUGGGAAAGCGUGUAGUGGAGAUGAUUAAAGAGGUGGAAAAACUGUAUGAAAAUGGUGGAUUUGCUAAUGGUUUGCUGAUUGAUGAUCCAACUUGUGGACACGCCAUACCAAUAGCGGAAUCUUUGAAUGAAACCACAAGUGUAAGGAACAAGGAGAAAAUUUGGAAUUUCUUGAUAGAUGGUGCGGUUCUAAAAAUCGGUGUUCAGGGAAUGGGGGGAGUCGGCAAAACAACCAUCAUGAAACACAUCAAUAAUCGACUUUUGAAUGAAACUUAUAACUUUAGUGAUGUUAUUUGGGUCACAGUAUCUAAAGCAUUCAAGAUCAAAAAUCUACAAAGGCAGAUAGCUGAGAAACUGAAUCUUGAUCUUUCUGAUUACAAGGAUGAAUUACAUUCAGCGUCAGAAAUACAUAACAUGCUUUCCCAAAAGAAGAGGUAUGUGCUCAUCUUAGACGAUCUUUGGAAAGCAUUUCCUUUGGACAAGGUGGGUAUUCCGGAACCAACCAGAGAUAACAUAUGUAAGCUAGUGUUAACUACACGAUUGUUAGAAGUCUGUACAAAGAUGAAUUGUAGAACUGUUGAAAUGGAGCUUCUCGCGGAUGAGGAAGCACUGAAUCUAUUUAUGAAUAAUGUUGAAGGACAUCAGACAGUGUUUACACCUGAGGUGAAAGAAAUUACAAAAGAAGUCGCCAAAAAAUGUGCUUGUCUACCGCUUGCAAUUAUGACUAUGGCUGGAUGUAUGAGAGGAGUGAAUGACAUUCGCGAGUGGAGAAAUACAAGAAAUGCACAACAGCUCAUUGACAAAGAAGAAUGGUUAUUUGAGCAACUAAAAUUUAGUUAUAGUCGGCUAAAAGAUGAACAGGAACAACAUUGUUUCUUGUAUUGUGCAUUGUAUCCAGAAGACAAUGACAUCGAUAGGAAAGAACUGAUAGAGCAUUGGAUUGCCGAGGGUCUAAUAUGUAAAACGGACAAUAGAGAAGCAAUGUUAGACAAAGGUCACACUAUAUUGAAUAACCUCAUUAAAACUGGCUUGUUGGUAAAAGCUGAUGACAUAUAUGGAGAAUACAUGAAGAUGCAUGAUUUGAUAAGAGAUAUGGCUCUCAAAAUAACAUUAACUAAUCCUCAAUUCAUGGUCCGAGCUGGUGAGGGAUUAAAGAGAGUUCCACAAAAAGACUGGUCUGAGGAUCUUGAGAGGGUUUCCUUAAUGUGGAACGAUAUUGAACAACUUCUUUCUAUACCACCUAUUUGCCCUCACCUCACCACCUUCCUAUUUCAAGGCAAUACGUCAAAAGUACUUCGGAUUCUAGAUUCUUUCUUUUUGCAUAUGACUCAUUUGAAGGUGUUGGAUUUGUCCUACACUGCCAUAGAGUCUUUGCCAAAUUCCAUCUUCAUGUUGGAAAAUUUGCAUCAACUGUUACUGCGUGAUUGUUUUCAACUAAAAUAUGUGUCGUCACUAGAGAAACUAAAGGCAUUGGAACAUUUCAAACUAAUUGGUAGUAAGAUUGAAGAAGUACCCCAAGGUAUAAAAGAAUUGGUUAAUCUCAGAAAGCUAGAACUCUCGCAUAAUGACAUCCUAGCCAAGGAAAGAAAGAAAGUCAUUUGUGAGCAUAGCUCUAAAUAUUUUUCAAGUCGUGGAGUCGAUGCCGUAGUGCUCCCCAGCAACAUAGAGGACUUCCGCAUUUGCAGAUGGGACAAUCACAUUAGCUUAUCAGAUAUUCAGUCGUUAAGGGCUGCAAGAGGUUUAAAAGAAUUUAGAAUCAAAAAUUGUUGGGGGCUUCAAUCUAUCUUUUCACCAUCGUCAUGCUUGUCAGAAGACUACCACAUCCCGCUAACAACGAUUGAGAAAUUAAAGUUUUCUAAUUUACCCAAUUUUAGGGUACUCUUUGAUAGAGUUGUUCCACCACACAACAUUUCAUUUAACCUUAACCUAUUAGAGUACUGUGAAUGUCCGAAAAUCGAGAAUAUUUUCUCUGCCCUGUUGUUGCACAACUUCCCAAACCUUGAGAAACUUAAAGUUUGGUACUGCGAGAAUAUGGAGGAGAUAAUAGUAGAAGUAGAGACGAGUGAUCAAGAGGGGCAUCAUGAAGAUGACGGCAACACAAUCACACUCCCAAAUUUAAAGAUAUUACAUCUAGAAAACCUACCAAGACUGAAGAGCAAAUACAAGGGCAUAAUGGAUGGCGAGCAAGCUUAUGCACCACCUGCUCUUCAAUACAUUCGUGGAGGAGAAGAAUGGUGGGAAUCUCUGGAAUGGGAUAAUCCCCUCACCAAAACCACUCUUCAACCUUUCUUUCUCAGGUUUCGAUUCAUGAACUCUUGA